AUGAAUGAAUUUAUUGAGCAACUGCAUUCCACCGAGACUCCGGUAAACUUUACUGAAAACUGACGUUGUUGUAAAUAGGCGUUAUAUGUCUUAUAUAGCUGUUUGCCAAUAUGUCCUAUUUAAUUUGCUAAGGAGGAAAGUAGUGAUGACAGUGGGAGUUACAAACCAGAAAGUGACGAGAGUAGCUCUUCAGAGGAGGAUGAGGAGGAUUGUGACCUUGAGGAUGAAUCACCAGAAGUUUUAACAAUGUUCAGUAUCAGUCAUUAA